AUGUUGAGUGGACUAAACGCCCUCCAUUUGGCAUCAAAAGAGGGGCAUGUAGAAAUUGUCAAAGAACUGAUUCGCCGUCAUGUUGAUGUCAAUCAGCCUACCAACAAGGGAAACACCGCUCUCCACAUAGCCAGUCUCGCCGGUCAAUUCGAGGUGGCCAAAGUACUUAUUGAAAAUGGGGCCCUAGUUAAUGCCCAAUCACAGAACGGUUUCACCCCCCUUUAUAUGGCAGCACAAGAGAAUCAUCUGGAGGUAGUAACACUUCUCUUAGCCAAUGGAGCCAACCCCACUUUAACAACGGUUGAUGGAUUCACCCCACUUGCUGUCGCCCUUCAACAAGGCCAUGAACGCACCGUCGCCGUUCUCCUAGAAACAGACGCUCGUGGAAAAGUCUGCCUGCCAGCUCUUCAUAUUGCAGCCAAGAAGGGCGAUGUCAAAGCUGCCAGUCUGCUGCUCAACGGCGAUGCCAAUGUCGAUCACCAGUCAGCUGUGAGUUGUUGUCAUUUUUUUUCGCAAAUCGCGCUUUUGAAUGUGAGGCAAAUUGCCGUGUCACAUUUGAAAACAUGA